AUGCAGACGGCAAGCAGUGGCAGCAACAACACCAGCAGCAGCAGCAAUAGCAACAAAAAAUGCCCUAUUAAAACGCCAAUCGAAAGGAUUGUGGUACAUCUUGAAGAAACCAAGACCGAUACACUAGAAGCAGCCCAGAAGGAGGAGGAGCAGCCGCAGCAUAAGCUGGAACAGGAUGUAACCAAUGUGGAAUAUGAUAUCAUAAAUUAUGCUUCGCCACCUCCACCACCAGCGCGCCCAACAUCGUCAUUAUCAUCAUCGGCGUCUGUUACUAGUAUACCUCGAAUAGCCGUUACCUCACCACGUCCUCGCCAACGCAGCAAACAGAAUUCAUCAACACAAUCCCAAUGUCAAGCUGUGGGUCAACGCUGUUCUCGCCUCAACAAUAACAGCAGCAGCAAUCACUCUGUGCUUGUUGAGGUGGGAGCAACAUCGUCCCACAGCCCAAAUAUUGGUGUAUCAGAGGAAUCUGUUGCAGCCCUUACAGAGGAAGAGCAUGACGGGCAAACGGAAGAGGUAGAAAGACCACCAAAAAUUUUGCGUUGCCUUGACGUGGAUACUUCGGCAGAGGAUCAACCCAUUCGUUCACGUGGUGGUGGAGGUGCAGUACACAGUCGUCUAAGAAAACCACAGGCCACUGUUCAAGCUAGAUCAUCAGCAGCAGCAACAACAGCAACAGCAUCUGUCGUUGGUAGUAAUCAUCAUCCCAAUCCCAAUCGCCAUGCUUCACCCUCACCCUGCUCCACACUGGGUGUUAAUAUGCGAGUCACUGGCCAAUGCAGUCAAGGUGGACGUAAAUACAUGGAGGAUCAAUUCUCUGUGGCGUAUCAGGAGUCACCGCUAACCCAUGAAUUGGAAUAUGCUUUCUUUGGCAUCUACGAUGGACAUGGUGGCAAUGAGGCUGCGCUAUUUGCCAAAGAGCAUUUAAUGCUAGAAAUUGUGAAGCAAAAGCAAUUCUGGUCGGACAAUGAUGAGGAUGUAUUGCGAGCCAUACGUGAGGGUUACAUUGCUACACAUUUUGCUAUGUGGCGGGAACAAGAAAAAUGGCCACGUACUGCUAAUGGCCAUUUAAGUACAGCUGGAACAACAGCCACAGUGGCAUUUAUGCGACGAGAAAAGAUCUAUAUUGGUCAUGUGGGCGAUUCGGGGAUUGUUCUUGGUUAUCAAAAGAAAAAUGAGAGACAUUGGAGAGCUAAACAAUUGACCACAGAUCACAAACCCGAGUCGGCAGCCGAGAAAGCACGGAUUCAACGAGCUGGUGGUAAUGUGGCCAUUAAAUCGGGAGUACCGCGCGUUGUAUGGAAUCGUCCGCGAGAUCCAAUGCACCGUGGACCCAUCCGACGACGAACACUAGUCGAUGAUAUACCAUUUUUAGCUGUUGCCCGAUCGUUGGGCGAUCUAUGGAGUUAUAAUUCAAGAUUUAAGGAAUUUGUUGUUAGCCCUGAUCCCGAUGUUAAGGUUGUUAAAAUAGAUCCAAAAACAUUUAGAUGCCUUAUCUUCGGCACCGAUGGCCUCUGGAAUGUGGUUACUCCAACGGAGGCAGUGGACAGUGUUCGGAAAAAGCAUCUAAUUGGUGAAAUUCUCAAUGAACAGGAUGUAAUGAAUCCAAGCAAGGCAUUGGUAGAUCAAGCUUUAAAAACAUGGGCAGCCAAAAAGAUGAGGGCAGACAAUACAUCUGUCGUAACUGUGAUACUAACCCCAGCUACAUCAAAUGGUUCGCAAUCCUCCAAUGGCGUCAGUGAAGUCGAUAUGGACAUGUUUCUGGAGGCCGAGGAUCAGGCCGAUAUUGAUGAAGAUGACGAGAUGGAUGAGGACGAAAGGCUAGACAGAGAGAAUAGUUGUCCCGUUGAGUUAUGCAUUGAGGAAGAAGAAUAUGUUCAUGAUACUCCAUACAGUGCCUUGGCAAAGCGUCAUUUGCCCCCGGAGCCAUAUCGAAAUUUCGAUUAUUAUGGCAUGGACGAAGAUGUCGCCGAAGGCUGUGGCGAGGAUAAUAACAACGACGAUGACGACGAAGAAGAGGAAGAGGAGGAACCUGAGGUCGAUGAUGAAGAGGUUGCCAACAAUUGUGAUGGAGCAGCAGCCAUCGUAACGGUAGCUGCAACAACAAUGGAGGUAUAUGAUGGUCAACGAAUGCAACAAAGUCUAGCCAUUCAUAGGAAAUUGUGCCGCAGAUCCAUUGUACCCACUCAAAACCCUUCAUCCAAUACUCCUUGGGCUUCGGUGCUUCCCGAAGAGCGACAAGCUGAAAAAGAACAAGAGCGAGCCAUGGAACUAGAUGCCGAACAUAAUAUAAGCAUAUUUUCGGAUACCAGCAUUGACCGGAGCGCCAUCUACGACAAUGCAUCCUCCACUUCGAGCUCGGUAACCAGCAGUUCGAGAGUUCAAGUUGUUAGAACAGAUUUGGACCAUCAUAGCUUUAGCAAUUAUGUGGCUAAUGGUGGAACUGCUGUUACCACAGACUUUAGUUUUGCCGAAUCAUACAACACCCUGCUCAAUGAACAGGAGCAACAGGCUCGCAAUAGAUCAGAGGCGGCUGCUGCCGCAGCAGCUACAACCUCGGCCACAGGUGGAGGUAAUGCAGCAAAUGGAGGAGGAAGUACAGGAGUUGGAGUUGAUGUUCAUAGGAUGCAUGAGAUUAUACAGGAGCAACAGCUCUAUCAGCAGCAGGAGGGUUACUCCCUAACGCAGCUGGAGACGCGAAGCGAGCAGCUCCAAUUGCAGCAACAUCAGCACCAGCAGCAGCAGCAGGAACAGCAGAGCAACUGGACACAACCUGGAGAACUACUCGAAUUGAAUGCAUUGUUGCAACAGGAACGCGAAGAAGAGGAACAGGUGGCACGUGAACAAAUGAUGGAAGCCACCAGCAGCUCGAGUCGUGGAGAAUUUGGCUAUGCAACUGAUUGGAGUAGUAGGAAUACAUCAAUGCAACUACCGGGUAAAGAAGAUAAUGAUUCAGCAGAGGAGAAGCCCGAUCAAAUGUCCAAGGAGCGAUCCAAAGAACACCAACAGCAGAAAUCGUUUGCAGAUCCGAAACAAUCCCAUCCCGAUCCCCCCACUGCCCCCACACUGCAGGACAAUGAGGUUAGCUCUACCCUACCUGCCACUCCAGAACCAACACCCAUACAUGCCUCCACUUCGGCAGCUCAGCAAUUCCAAGAGACAGUUGCCGAGAUUCGCAAAGAGGAUGCCGAUGCUGUACACUAUAUAUUUGAGCAAAUCCAGAAGUUGCAACAGGUUGACUGCACUCCCGUGGCCGCCGCACCCAACGUGGGUGAGGCACUUGAGCGUGCCAAUGCUUUGGCUGGCAGCCAAUCGGUUCCACUCAUUCGCCAAAUGCGUCGCUAUCGCAAUGUGCCCAAUGAAAAUCACCAGCAUAUGCAGACACGACGACGCCAUCAAAUCUUCAAGAGCACCAAGGCCAAGUCCUUUAUCACAGCCAGUGCUGCUGCAAUUGUGGCAUACAGUGAACGCGAGCAAAUUGAGGCCAGAGAGGAAUCUGGUGCUGACAACAGAGUGAACCCCGAUACGGUGGUAGGCGGCGGCCCAAAAGCAAGAGCUGGUUCCACCUCUGUAGGCAACAACAACAAAUGCAAUGAAAAUGACAAUGUCACAAGUGGCGGUAGUUCCUCAGCCUCAGUUAAUCGACGACGAAUUGUCAAUGUGGGGGCCAGUGUCAGUUCCGCCUCAACGUCAGCCUCCUCCUCAACCAAUAUGGUAAUGACACGGCGUAGUCAUAGCCUGAUCAAUACUGGAGUAAAUAAACGUCAACUAAGGAGUAGCAUCUGCAAUCUAGGCAAUCUCGACUUGACAAAGCGAACUCUGCGCACUAGAAAUGUACCAGCUGCAAUGGCAUCAACAACAUCCUCAUCUUCAUCACGGUCACCUGCUGCUUCAUCCAGCAGCCGUACAAACAACUCUUUUGUCUCUGCAGUUGCCAACACGCCGACAACGCCAAGGCCAGCGCCAGAGCCAACCCCAACAACGCCAUCAAAUACAGCCACAACGACCCCUGCCAAUUCCAGUCCCAGUUCACGUCGCCUGAAACGAACCAAAGAAGAAGAGCGUGAACAGAGACGCAGUCUACGGCGCACCACCCUAAGUGCCAGCCAAUUGAGUGCCCGACACCAUCAUCAGCUACACCUUCCUCAUCAUCAACUCAGUGGUAGCAGCAGCAGCAGCAGUGGUGGCAGCGGUCAAUUUGGUAGAUCAACUCGAUUGCAACCAUGCAGUGGUGGUGCAAUAUCUGCUCGUCCUCCGCCCUCGCCGAAGAAGCUUAAUGGUGCUGUUCCCACUCUGGCCAUUGGCACAAGAGCCUAUACAGCUGCCCUAGCCGCAGCAGCCGAUCAUUUGAAUAAACGUUGGUCUCUGCGCAGCAGCAGCAGCAGUCAUACUUCUGCCGGCGGCGGCGGCGGGACCAAUUCAAUGGGAUCAUCCUCCUCCACGUCUUUGGGUGGAAAUAGUCUUAUGUCUGCCAUUACCUGUUAUAGUCCACGAAAUCGUAAUAGUAGUAAUACAACAACAACAACAUCAGCAGCAGCAGCAACAACGCGCAGGCGCUGAUACUGUCCAGGAGAAGGUUGGCUGAUCCGUCUUUGCCUUCUCUGCAGCUUUUGAGAACAAAAACACCAACAAAACAAAUUCCAAGUACAAAUACAAAAAAAAACAAAAACUACAAAAAGAAAAACAACAAAAACAACAAAAAAAUCUUAAUUAAAAUUAGUAAUUAGUUUUGGACACAAUAAUUGGCACACACACACCACCACACACAUACAUAAAUACAAAUUCGUUUGUAAUGUACAUAGAAAAUGUUAAUAUAUAGACAGAUAUACACACACAUAUAUAUACAUGCAUAUAUAUAUUUAUAUUUAUAUCUCAACAAUAAACUAAAAUUCAUAGUCUAGUAA